GGCUGCCCAUCGCCGCCUGGCUGCCCGGCUACCGGCUGGGGCCCUGGCUGCUGGGGGACGCGCUGGCCGGGCUCACCGUGGGGAUCGUGCACAUCCCCCAGGGCAUGGCCUUCGCCCUCCUGGCCUCCGUGGCCCCCGUCUACGGGCUCUACACCUCCUUCUUCCCUGUCAUCCUUUACAUGCUCUUUGGCACCGGGCGCCACAUCUCUACUGGCACCUUUGCCGUGGUGAGCCUGAUGACGGGCUCCGUGGUGGAGCAGCUGGUGCCCUGGCCCCUGGAGCCCAACGCGACCAGCGCGGAGCUGGCGUGGGUGGAGGAGCGGCGCAUUGGCGUGGCUGCUGCCAUGGCCUUCCUCGUGGGGCUUCUCUUGCUGGUGAUGUUUGUGGUGCAACUGGGCUUCCUGGCCACCUACCUCUCGGAGCCCAUCGUCAAGGCCUUCACCAACGGGGCGGCCCUGCAUGUCCUGGUCUCCCAGCUGCCCAGCCUGCUGGGCCUGGCCCUGCCCCGCCACACUGGCUCUUUCACCAUCUUCAAGACGCUGGCAUCGGUGGCGCAGGCGCUGCCCCGGACUAACGUGGCCGAGCUGCUCAUCUCCGCCCUGUGCCUGGCCCUGCUGGUGCCCAUCAAGGAGAUCAACACACGCUUUCGGAACAAGCUGCGGACCCCCAUUCCAGGAGAGAUCGUGGUGGUGCUGGCAGCCACCGGCGUCUGCUUUGCCUCCUCCCUGGACACGCGCUACGACGUGCAGAUAGUUGGCCACCUGCCAGCUGGGUUCCCGCAGCCCCGGCUCCCGGCCCUGCAGUCGCUGCCCCAGGUGCUGGGGGACACAGUGGCCGUCGCUUUCGUGGCCUAUGCCGUCUCUGUGUCACUGGCCAUGAUCUACGCCGAGAAGCACAGCUACACCAUCAACCCCAACCAGGAGCUGCUGGCCCAUGGUGUGUCCAACAUAGUCUCUUCCCUCUUCGCCUGCUUCCCGAGCUCGGCCACCCUGGCAACCACCAACAUCCUGGAGAGCGCGGGGGGACACACACAGCUCACCGGCUUCUUCUCCGGCACGGUGGUGCUCAUGGUUCUCAUGUGGCUCGGACCCCUCUUCCGCUACCUGCCCAAGGCUGUCCUGGCCUGUAUCAAUGUCACCAGCCUGCGCCAGAUGGUCCUGCAGUUCUGGGACCUGCCCGAGCUCUGGAGGAUCAGCCGGAUUGACUUCGCUGUCUGGGUGGUCACCUGGCUGGCCGUGGUGGUGCUGAAUGUGGACGUGGGCCUGGCCGUGGGGGUCGUGUUCUCCAUGAUGACCAUCAUCUGCCGCACGCAGAGGGCCGAGUGCAUGACGCUAGGCAAAGCGGCCAACACGGAAAUCUACCGUCCUCUCCAACGCCACAGCAAGUGUUUUGAGAUCCCCGGCGUGAAGAUCAUGGCUUACCACGCCCCCAUCUACUACGGCAACCGCGACUUCUUCCGCGAGGCGCUGAGCCAGCUGCUGGGUUUGAGCCGGCCGAAGGGCAGCCGGGGGGAGAAGGUGCCACGGGCUGUGGAGAGUGGGGCCAAAAUGAGCAUCAGCACUGUGGAAAACUGUGUCCCCAGCUCUGUGCCGGAUGGGGGAGCCAGGUGCCCCAGCUCAGGUGCCACUGGCAGAAUCCAGGCUGCCAUCCUCGACUGCAGUGGGAUUGUCUUCGUGGACUCCGCCGGGGCCCGGCUGCUCAUUCAGAUGUGCGUGGCGUGCCAGAAGGCUGGCAUCUGCAUGAACCUGGCAGCAUGUAAUGGUGAGGUCCUGGAGACGCUGACCAGCAGCGGCCUGGGACAGCACCUCUCCCCACAGCAGGUGUUUGUGACGGUCCAGGAUGCCCUUGCCUACAUCACGCAAACCACGGAAAAGGUGGCUGAGAAGAAUCCGCCAAUCUGGGUGUAGGAGCCCUGCCACGGGACUGUGGGCACUGCCCGGCCUGUAGGGCCCCUGGGACCAGCCUGGCUCUUGGGCCGUAAAAGCAGGUUGAUUGCCAGGUGCUGUGAAUUCCUGCUCUGCCCACAGGGCUCCCCGGGACCAGGGGGCCAAGGAGCUGUUUGCAGACCACAGAGCCGGGAUGGGGCAGUUGCCUGCUCCCAGGAUGGAUGGAGCCUCCUGCCCCAGGUCUCCAGGGCAGACUGACCUACAGCAAGCGGCUCCCAGGCAGGGGGGCAGCAGCAGCGCAGGGCAGAGGGACCUGGCUGCACGCA